AUGUGGUGGCACACACGCAGCAACAGCAAUUCGAACAUUCCUCAAACCCUGUACUCGUGGUCUGAUCCAGAGCUGGAGGACUGGAGCACUAGCUUUCUCAAACGGCCCGAGGCUUUUCCCAUGUCUCCCUCUCCCGAUCUGCUAGUCGCUCCGUCAAAUGUGUCGCUGGUCGCUGGGCCUUAUUUAUACGGCUAUCGGUCACAUCCUGCUCCAACGCCGGUUACCUUUGAGCCCAUAUCAUCUCCUGCCCUUUCCUCUGUCUCUUCCACUUAUCUAGACCCACAUACUGUCAACGGAUAUCUCAAUGAGAGAAACCAACCUCCUACUCCAACCGUGACUUGCGCCACACUCUCUUCCACAAAUGAUUACGAUCCACAAUGUCCCAGUCCUUGGGCUGAUGUGACAUCUUCGCCUGUCCCGUCCUCGGUCUACCCAAACCAAACCACUAUCAAGAGGCCUUUCGACGAAAAUACCCCAAGCUCUUCGUCAAUUCAAGAGAACGGCGCUGCGCUCACCCCAACAAGCCAUUAUGAUGACAGGCUCUGCGGUCCUUGGUUUAAUAUGACGCCCUCUUCCGUCCCUAUCGAAGAAAGCCACUGCACUAGUGAGGCCACCAAUGAGCCUAGCCAGUCGAAACUUCCCUGCCGAUCUCGUCGUCGUGCAGUCAAAAAACAGCAAAGCAAAGACUACGGUACCUACAAAUGCGAAUAUAAGGACUGUACUUAUGAUCGUAUGUUCUCUCGUAAAGGGGUGUUGGUACGGCACAUCCAGACUCAGCAUAUCAACCCACGGGGAUUCAAAUGUCCCUUCCCCUUGUGUGAACAUGCUUCCAGUCGACGGGAAAAUCUCAAGGCUCACAGGCAAUCGGUGCACAAAGAAAUAUUAUAA